GAUAUUUUGGUUUAUAACAAGUAUGAUGAAAAUGUAAUAAAAUAAUGGAUUAAGGAGAGAAAUGGAAUGUAGAAUAAAAAAAGAGUGAAAAUGAACAUGAAUAAGAUAAAAAAUAUAUAGAAAAUGAGAGAUAGAAAGUUAGAAUAAGGAAUUGAAGUUGGAAUGAUUUUUGAGUGAAGAAAGAAUUUGUAGAAAAUGAAGGAAUACAAUUUUAUAAUAAAUGGAAUAUAAAAUUAAUAAAUAUAAGAAUAGAAAAUAUAAAGAUACUGCAGAUUAUGAAAAUAGUACACGAAAAAAUGGCAUAUCAUGAGAUGGAAAAAAUUGAUAAAAAAAUGAAAGAAAAAGGAGUAUAAAGUGAG